GAAGCGAAGGGAAACUCUGUAUAAAGAAAAACUUAAACGAACCACCACAAGAACGUCCCGCCGCAGGAAUUCUUUUGGCGAUCGCCAAAAACAUCUUGGCUCUUCGCAAAGUAAGCCAGCACUUAAAAAAGACCCACUGGAUUUGUUCCUGAAAUCAGUUAGGACCACGUGAUUCUUUGAUCAACAUUCUACCGCAUCCUAGAAAGAUUCUAAGCGACCCGAGGAUUUUUUUUUUUCUUCCUUCAAUUAAUUGCUGCAUCCUCGCUUGAAAAAUUAACGGUGAAAAAGUCGUGUGCGAAAAAAUUGACGUGUCGUGUUCAGCUGUGUUUUUGGACAUAAUAAUCAUGACUUAUUGUUUUGGAUAAUUACCAUAAUUAUACAUGAUCUGUUUGGAGAUUGUUGGCGAAAUAUGGGGCAAAUGAAAAGGAGCACUUACCUUGAAUUUUUAACGACUGGACGUUUCCUGGACGUCCUAUCCUGGUCAAUUUAUACAGAAACAUUCAGUGGAAGUGUGUGAAAGUCCAGUUUAAGAUCCUAGUGCAUCCGUGCGUUGAUGCAAAUGUCCUUUGGAUAUGUUGGUUUACCCUCUGGUGCUAUUCUGUCUGCUCCAUCACCACUGCUUUGCCGCUUUUCUGCAAGUCGAAUCCUCGUCCAGCUUGCAAGAGAUCGAGCCCCGUUGCCCACCCGGUCAAUUCCCAUGCAACAAUAGUGACACGUGCGUAGAACAGAGGAAGAAUUGCGACGGUCACAACGACUGUGAGGACGGAUCCGACGAGAUGGGAUGCGAUGAUCACAAUCGAAUCAAGUACUAUAACAACCUGUUUAGGAAAAGGCCGGACGAAGAUCGGGAGAAAGAAAACAAAGGAUGUGAACUCAAGCCAGUCCCAAGUGUUUGCUCAUGCUCAGGAUUUAAAUUAUUCUGUGAUCGACAAAAUCUUGACAGGCCGCCCUUGGAUCUACCUUCAAAUGUGCAAGAGCUAGAUUUAUCAGAAAAUAUCUUCGAAUUCCUCGACUCUGAACAUUUCUCCUUCAAUGAACAUCUUCAAACAUUAAUACUAAAAGGAUCUCAAGUGACCCUCAUCAAUAAAGAUGCUUUCAAAAAUCUCCCGCACUUAAAAUCCUUGUACCUCACUAAUAAUGAAAUCGGCUCGAUGAAUGAGGGAACUAUGACAACCAAUGAGGAUCUUAUAUUUCUGGAUUUGUCUUACAACCCACUUACUGUUCUUCAUCCUCAAGCGUUUGUUGGGCUGAAAAACUUACGAACUUUAGAUCUUCGACACUGUUCUUUGAAAUCUCUACAACCUGGAGUAUUUGACAGUCUAGUUAAUUUAGAGAUACUAUACCUCGACAAUAACAAGCUGACAAGCAUCACGAAAUUCGUCUUUCAGAAGUUAGAAAACCUGGAAAUGCUCUAUAUCUCCUGGAACAAGAUCGAAGCAAUUCAUUAUACUUAUUGGGUGGGCCUGAAAAGUUUGAAAACUCUAGCUAUUUCUGAAAACAAAAUAAGCGCUUUGGAAGCCCAUUCAUUUGGAAAUAUGAGUGAGUUGAGCAAACUAGAUGCGAUUGGAAAUCAGAUUAAAGUCAUAUCUCCAGAUGCUUUCAUAGGAUUGUCAAAUCUGAAAUCUUUGAGUUUGCAGAAAAAUGAAUUGAAGAAAGCAACAAAAUCAGUUUUUGAACCUCUAACAUCCUUAGAGUACAUCUACUUCGACGAUUUCCACAUGUGUUCAUUGGCUCUUCAUGUCCGAGUGUGUGAGCCGCGCGGCGACGGUAUCAGUAGCAUCGCCCACUUGUUGGACAGUGUCGUGCUGCGUGUCAGUGUGUGGUUAGUUGCUUUCGUGGCCGGCCUGGGCAACGUGGCCGUCCUCGUCGGACGCUUUCUCUUCGUGGAACCCAACGAGGUCCACUCUUUCUACAUCAAAAACUUGUCCCUGGCGGAUCUUCUGAUGUCUGUCUACUUGUUCUUCAUCGCCGCAUAUGAUGUCGUCUUCAGAGGGGAAUAUAUUCACCACGAGACCAAGUGGAGGCACAGCUGGCAGUGCAACCUGUGCGGGUUCCUGUCCACCCUCAGCAGUGAAUCAUCCAUUCUCAUUCUAGCAGUUAUCACUACAGAUAGAUACAUGUCGAUCAUUCAUCCCCUGUCAGUCAAGAAGCGCACUCUGCAGUCAGCCGGUGCAGCCAUGGCCAUCGCUUGGAGCAUUGCCAUUCUGUUCUCGGCACUGCCUAUCUUAAACCUCGACUACUACGGCGAUGAGUUCUACGGCAACAACGGCGUCUGCUUGCCGCUGCAUAUACACGAUCCUUUCGGACAGGCCUGGGAGUACUCGACCUUCUUGUUCUGUGGCCUGAAUUUCGCCGCUUUCCUGUACAUCCUGUUCGCCUACAUCUCCAUGUUCUUUACCAUUUCGCAUUCGAAGAUCGGGUUGCGCUGCACCCAACAGCAGCAGGAUCGCAACAUCGCCAAGAGGUUCUUCUUCAUCGUGGCGACGGACUUUUUAUGCUGGGUGCCCAUAGUCUUCAUUAAAGUCAUCGCUAUGGGUGGUGUUCCUAUUCAAGAGGACCUGUACGCGUGGGUCGCUGUGUUCUUAUUGCCGGUCAAUUCAGCUAUCAACCCCAUCCUCUACACCCUGACGACGAAACUCUUCAAGCAACACCUGGCCAAGAUGGUCUACAAUUUCAAAGCCUCCGCCACUGGGGACAGCGUUACACCCUCGUGCGCACGUAACCACAGCCUCAGGAGCCAGAAAGGGUCCUUCUCGCAGGCUGACCACAACAGCAUUGCUCUUGUGAUGGGCAAAAACUGCCUGGGAUGCCGCCAGACCGUCUCCCGGAACAACAGCUCGGCCCACACCGGCUGCAAACGCCAUUCCAGCAAGCGGACAACCACCACGAACAUUAUGUGAGGGUCCCACAAACAGUCAUGUCUGUAUAUAAGUCAUUGUAAUGUUACACUCUAUGAAUAUGUUGUUGAUGUUGUAUUAAAUUUUAUUGUGACUUUACGUUUUAAGUCGUACUUCUUUUUUUCCGUUGUUGUGUUACGUACCAUUAUGUAUUGAAAGCAUUCUUGUAAAAUUUCAUGUAUAUAAUGACGGGUGUUCUGGAGAUUAAUUUUAUCGAUAUGUUGAGAAGGCGUUUGAGCCAUAUAAAGCAGUCGCACUAAAUGUAUGAUAAUAAAAUAUUUGUAUCUGUC